CUAACUUGUGCCCUAGUUUGCUGAUCUUCUCUUCCCGCGGUAUUGUCAUUUGAAGAAGUGCCCAAGGACAGAUCACUGGAGGAGAUUAACCAGCACGUUCCUCGGGAAAGUGCGCACGACCCAAGCCCAAGGAUGUUCGCUCUGUUUUUGCUGGGCCUGUUCUCUCUGGUCUGCACCAAUGAUGGUGAACUUCAGAGGUAUCUCAUAGAGCCUUCAGUACUAUGCUAUAAAUGUAAAAAAUUUCAUCUUGGGUUAUGCUAUGACACCAUGAGUUCCUGCAACCUGCAGUACCAGCAGUCCUGUGCUACUGAGAACAUUUACAUCCUUACAAGAAAAGGGCAGAGUAUAUACUAUUAUUCAAUACUGUCAUGUAUGACCAACUGUGAGGACGUCAACUUCUUGGGUUUUGAGAAGAGGACGGAGCUCAUCUGUUGCAAACAUAGUAACUAUUGCAACCUCCCCGAGGGAUCCUAGCUCGGCAUCUCUCCUGGGUUUGGGGUCAUUCUUCAACUCCCCAUUCCUUUUAUUUCCUCCCCCAAACCUGUAUCUUGCUCUCCUCUUCUAGCCAUGGUAGAGAGUGAGAAAACCUGCUGAUAGCAAAAACAGUAGCAGUCACAAGAAGAAAUAGAGGAGGGUAGCUGAGUCUCAUUAAUUACGGAGCGUUAGACCGAAUUUUUCAAAUCUCUGCUGUUUGCCUCUGGCCGGGGGUUUGGUUUCCUCAUGAUGGUCAUGCCAUAAACAGGGUUAGGUUUAAAAUUAUCAUUGCCUAUAUGGAAAUGCCAAGACUCGCUUCAAAAUAAUCCCAAGCCAGUACUGAGAAUUCUGUAACCCUACUUUAUCCUCAUCUGUACCCAGCCUUCUGGGUUGGGGUUCUUUGGAUUAGCCCUCACACCUCCAGGCACUCUCCUUCUGCUCAUGGGUUAUGGAGACAGAAGAGGACUAACUCUAGCUUCCCAAUUGGCUGGCAACAUGAGCCACAUCUUUCUCUGGUAGAGAGCUCUUUGGUGGUGGGGGUGAGGUGGGAGGAGGGCAGAGUGUAGGAGAAGCAGGAAUCAAGCUAGAAAACCUGGGCAGGCAUAGGGAUAAAGCAUCAAGGAAAAUUUUAAGGGCAUUUCAGUUUGUGGAAACUAAGAUUUGGGAGACAAUUUGGUGUGAGUGGAGUUAUGAUGGCCCUACCUAGCCAGGUAGCCAGGUAGCCAUGUAGGGAUUGAACUGAGGGUGGAGGCCUUGCCGUAGCCGGUUUGGCUCAGUGGGUAGAGUGUCGGCCUGUGGACUGAAGUGUCCUAGGUUUGAUUCCAGUCAAGGGCACAGGCCCAGGUUGUGGGCUCAGUCCCCAGUAGGGUGGGCGUGCAGGAGGCAGCCGAUCAGUGAUUCUCUCUCAUCAUUGAUGUUUCUAUCUCUCUCU